AUGGGAAUUUGCUCUAGCCAAAGUCAAAAAAGCCAUGAGAAACCAACUGAAAAUAAGAAAUCUGAUUCAGCAAAAGAAGAAUAAUAAAAACCGGAAACUUUAACAUAGAAUAAUUAAUAGAAACAAGAUAGUAAUGAAUUGUUAUAUUGUCAAGUUUAAGGUGAUACCGGAGGUCUUGUUAUCACAAGCGCCAAAAUGGGGAGAAUUACAAGAGAUUACACACUGCUUAACCCACCACUCGGAAGCGGGGCUUAUGGGGAAGUAAGAAAAGGAAUACAUAAAUAAACCGGUAUAAUAAGGGCAGUAAAAAUUAUACACAAGUCCCAGACAACUAAGGAAGAGUAAGAGAGAUUAAUGAACGAAGUUUAAAUUCUAUAAAAACUAGAUCAUCCAAACAUUAUUAAAAUCUAUGAGUUCUAUUAGGAUGACCGAUUUUUUUAUAUUGUUACAGAACUAUGUACUGGUGGUGAGUUAUUUGAGAAGAUUAGAUAUGAAGGGAGCUUUUCAGAGAAGAAAGCAGCAGAAAUUUUGAAAUAAAUCCUAUCUGCUGUCAAUUAUUGUCACCAAGAAAAAAUAGUUCACAGAGAUUUAAAACCAGAGAAUUUACUAUAUGAAGGUGAUAAAGAGAAUUCACUAUUAAAAAUUAUUGAUUUUGGAACCUCUCGAGAAUUUGAUGUCAAUCAAAAAUUAAAUUAAAAAUUGGGUACUCCUUACUACAUUGCUCCCGAAGUACUAAAUAGAAAAUAUGAUGAAAAAUGUGAUAUUUGGUCAUGUGGAGUAAUAUUGUAUAUACUGUUAUGUGGGUUUCCACCUUUUGAUGGAAAAACAGAAGAAAAGAUUAUGGAAAAAGUGAAGAAGGGCUAGUAUUCUUUUGAGUCAAUAGAGUGGGAGGAUGUUAGUAAGGAAGCUAAGGAAUUUAUAAAAAAACUAUUGUAAUACGAUCCAACAAAGAGAUACAGUGCUUAAUAGGCAUUACAAGAUCCUUGGAUUAAGAAAUUCACAAAUGCUGCUGAGGUCGAGUAACCUUUAAUGAAGAAGGUGUUGACAAAUAUGAAAAAUUUUAGACAACACUAAAAAUUACAAGAAGCAUGUUUCAAAUAUAUUGUUAAUCAAUUGGCAACGAAAGAAGAGAAAUAAGAAUUAUUAAGGACAUUUUAAUCACUGGAUACAAAUAAUGAUGGGAAAUUAAGCAAAUAAGAAUUACUGAUUGGAUAUUAAAAGAUUAUGAAUGCUGAUCAAGCCAUAGAAGAAGUCGAAAAGGUAUUCGCACAAGUUGAUAAAAAUAACUCAGGAAUGAUCGAUUAUACUGAGUUUGUGAUGGCCACAAUAGAUAGAUAAUAGUUAUUGUCAAAAUAAAGAUUACAAUUAACAUUCAGGAUGUUUGAUGCUGAUAAAAGCGGUUCGAUUAGUUUGGAUGAACUUAAACAAAUAUUUGGUGGAAUAUCUGAGGAAAUGUGGAAAUAGGUGGUUUAAGAGGUGGAUUAAAAUUAAGAUGGUUAAAUUUCAUUGGAAGAAUUUUGCGCAAUGAUGAAAAAGAUUGAAUGA